UCAAAAGCAAAACAUCAACAACAUCAGCUAAAAACAAUUUACCAUGGCACAAUCAGCAGCUAAUUUUGAUUACCAAGAUUUUGAUCCUUAUUUUGAAUGGUCUGAAGAUGAAGGAAGUGCCACCCUCAUUGUAAUGCUGCCAGGAUUCACAAAGGAACAACUAAGGAUUCAAGUGACUUCAACUCCUCUGCUAAGGAUCAACGGUGAACGACAGAUUCUUGAGAACAAGCGUCGUCGUUUUUCUAGAGAGUUCUCCAUUCCUCCAUAUUGUGACACCAACGAUGUGAGUGCUAAGUUUGAGGGUGGUGUUCUAACCAUCAGGUUUCCAAAGCUGAUCACCCUUGCUAGGGCACAGCCACAGAUAGCUCCAAUUUCUCAGAAAGAGAAAGAACAAGCACAAGAAGAUCAUGCAGACAAGCAAGAGUCACUGCAGAAAGAUAAAGAACCAACCGGUGAUGAAAAAGAAGAGAACAAAACAGAAGGGGCUAAAGAGACUGAAGCAAUCAGUGAUGAGAAAGAAAAGGGUGAGAAGAAGGAAGAAGAAGAGGCACCUAAAGAAGUUCCUGAAAAGAAGGUGAGGACUAAUGUGCCAGAAACAGCACAAGAACAGAAGCCAAAAGCUAGGAUUACUCAGAGACUGAAAACAAGGGUUUUAGAUUUCACUGUGAGUUUGAGAUCAGUGGAAGACCAAGAUGUUAAGCAAGGGUUUGGUGGUAACAAGUAUGGUAAUCUGAUUAAGAGGCCAAAGAUAUUGAUGAACAUUGGUGUGGUGAUCUUAUUGGUUAUGGUGUUAGGGUUGUAUGUGAAAAAUGCAUUCAAGUCAUCAUCAUCAUCUCAGGGAGGACCAGAAUAUGAGAAAUUCAAGGAAUUUUAAUUCCCAUGUUCAUGUUCAUGUUCAUGUUUGUGAAAGCAUGAUUGAAUUGAAUAAAGGAGUGUGAAACUGGUCUGGUUUGAAUAACUGCGGAUUCAAAUAGACCAAUUUUCCCUGCGAAAUAAGAGGUGCACACAAUUGGUGUAUCUCACAAAUUCCUUACGUAUAUGUACGUAGUGCAUUGUGAAGAUGUCAAUGUUUCUUGUGAUAUAUACAAAAAGAAUAUAUGCAUUAUUUCAA